GCGGGCCAGAGCGCGCUGCGCCGCCGCCACCACCACCACCGCCGCCGCCGCCGCCGCCGCCGCCGCCGCCACCACCGCCACCACCGCCGCCACCGCCGCGAGCACCGCGCGUCUCCCGCUCCAAGCGCCGCCAGUGUCCGGCCCUCUGCGCCCAGGCGCCAGCCCCGCCGCCCGCCCGCGGAGCCCCGGGCCGCCGCCACCACGCCGCGCGCCGUACUCCGCGUCAAGAAUGGGGCGGCCAAGCUGCCCAAGCCGCCCGCCGCCGCGGCGGCCGAGGCUCCUGGAGCGGGCGCGGGCAUGGAGCGCUCGCAGAGCCGCCUCAGCCUGUCCGCCUCCUUCGAGGCGCUCGCCAUCUACUUCCCGUGCAUGAACUCCUUCGAUGAUGAGGACGCAGACAGCCGGAGGCUGAAGGGUGCCAUCCAGAGAAGCACAGAGACAGGGCUGGCCGUGGAGAUGCCCAGCCGGACGUUACGCCAAGCCAGCCAUGAGUCCAUCGAGGACAGCAUGAAUAGCUAUGGCUCAGAGGGCAACCUGAACUAUGGAGGAGUUUGUCUAGCUUCGGAUGCCCAGUUCAGUGACUUCCUGGGGAGCAUGGGGCCAGCACAGUUUGUGGGCCGCCAGACCCUGGCUACCACACCCAUGGGGGAUGUGGAGAUCGGUUUACAGGAGCGGAACGGUCAGCUGGAGGUGGACAUCAUCCAGGCACGCGGGCUGACUGCCAAGCCAGGCUCGAAGACACUGCCAGCUGCCUAUAUCAAGGCCUAUCUGCUGGAAAAUGGUGUCUGCAUUGCCAAGAAGAAGACCAAAGUGGCCCGCAAGUCACUGGACCCGUUGUACAACCAGGUGCUUCUGUUUCCUGAGAGUCCCCAGGGCAAAGUCCUGCAGGUAAUUGUGUGGGGAAACUACGGACGAAUGGAGCGGAAGCAGUUCAUGGGCGUGGCUCGAGUGCUGCUGGAGGAACUGGACUUGACCACCCUGGCCGUGGGUUGGUACAAGCUCUUCCCCACCUCCUCCAUGGUGGACCCAGCCACAGGUCCCCUGCUUCGGCAGGCAUCCCAGCUGUCCCUCGAGAGCACCGUGGGGCCCUGUGGCGAGCGAUCUUAAUGCCAGGGAUGGGGAGGGGCUCCCCGAGAUGGCCUGGAGACCACCCAGCCCUGACCUGGGACCCCAGGCCCAGGGGCACAUUGGACAUUGGAGGAUGGGGUUCUUCCCCACAGUGGGGAAGCAGAAUGGGGAGACCUGCCCCCCAUGGGCCCCUCCUCACUCCUUCACCUCCUACCCCUGAGACCUUCCCUUUCCCAGUGGGUUGGCUACACUUUUGACUUGGCCGGUUUUGACCUGGUGGAUGCGGCUACAAUCGGAGAAAGACUGAAGUGGCAGAGCAAACCACUCUUCCGCCCUACCCUACCCUACCCCACCCCACCCAUUCCCCCUUUGCCUCCUUGGAAGCUCGCUGCCCAGAGCCAAGUCCAGAACCAAGCCGGCCAUCUCCAUGGUGCCAAUUACCAGCAAGUGUCUUUCCUGCGGCACCGGGUUCCGGCAGCUACUCCUGCCCCAGAGCUGACGGGGCAGUUUGCAAGGAUCCGGAGCCAGCUCCCAAAGGGGGUGCCCAGAGCUCCCCACUUGAAGGGGAGCGUGGGUCUCCCUCUGCCUGCCCGUGGAAGGAGCUUUGCCGCAGCCUGUCUGAGUCCAUCCAUCCAUCCCCUCCUGCCUGUCCCUCUGCUGUAAGCUCUAGGAAUUGGGGGCCAGCAGAGACCAAAGGAAAGGAGGAGGUACCCAAGGCUUGGCAGGAUCCCCAAGGGUCCUUGCUCCAUGGGAUUGCAACAAGCUGGUCUGGAGCUCUUGGUGGACUGGAAAGGACAUUGUCAUCUGUGAUAUGGUGGAGGGACUAAGGGGAACCUGAGUUUCCAGAACCUUGUACGCAGGGAACAGCUCUCCUGUGGGAGAGUGGUAGGAGCGGAGCGUUGAAGAAGCUGGAGUUAGGUAUAUGUGGCACCAAGGUGAGGGUUUUCCAAACAGGAGAUCCCUUCUUGUUGGAUGAGAUCAAAGGUCAUCUUGUUAUCCCUCUGCCUCUGGGCUAGGGUCUUGGAGAGGCAUUAGAGCCACUCACAUUUUAGUCUGUUUAAAUAAACCAUCCCGUAGGAAGGGCAAAAGCCACUGCCCAGCCUCAUCACCUUGGCUCAAGGAGAGAUGGCGUUCCAGGAGGAGGGAUAUAGAGCUAAAAGUUUGAGAAUUGAGGCUCCAAUGAGGCCUGAGUAGCUGCCUUCCUGUGGCCCUCCCUGGGGCCUGCAGGAGCCCUUUUGCAUGCGAGGGAGGACACAGUCUGGCCCCUAUAGAAGCACAUUUCUAUCACCCACUCCUGGGAGGCGCCCAGCAGCCAGUCCUCCUCAGGUAGUCCCUGCUGUGUAGGGUGUAGUCCAGGUUAGCUGGGUAAUUAGUGUUCACACCUGAGGCCUGUUAGCUCAGAUGUAGUCUUUUUUUCAAGCCCCAGGCUGUGAGUAGAGGGGAGGCCCCCCAGUACAUUCCAGAAGAUUAUAGACUCUCUCUCUAGCCUGGGCUGGAUGGGCUGCCUGGCUCCCCGGAGGCCAGCCCUUCCACCUCCUCCCUGCCUUCCUCUCUCCUCCCUUCUAAGGUUGUAGCCCUAACUGUCCAUCACUCUCAGCACUCUGGUGUAAUAGACCCUCGGCCUUGAUUUUCUUUACCACGCACUCCCGAGGGUUGCUGGGCCUUGCAGAGAGAGGCCUGGACUACAUUUAGACAGAAUCAUUUCCCGCCAAGGACGCCAGGACUCUGUUGAAUCCCUCCUUGUUCCUGGUUCAUUCACCAAGGGAUUCCUUCAACUUGGAAAUUCUCAUUCCCAGCCUGGCUAAGCCUGGGGUGCCCUUUAGGGUUCUGUCCAGUUCUGGCCCCUCCCCAUGCAGCUGUUGACGCUACACGGGGAGGGGCUGUGAACAGGCCCCUCUUCUCCAAUUGGUCUUCAGCGUGUCUUUGGGAGUGUCCUUGGUCAGGCCUCCUGGACAAGGGAGCAGGGCUCUCGAUGGGCUGUCUUCGAGGCCCACAGUUAGCCAUCACCCCAUUUUUCCAGUGUGAUAUCCUUGCUGUUAGGUUAUUACUCGCCGUUUGGGAGUAUUUUGAGCCAGGAGAGCACCUCCCUCUCCAGCUGUCAUCGCUGUGGUCGUUCAGGGUCGGAUGGAGCCUGGCUGUCACAGCCAGCAGGGAGAGGCUCAGCUCCAAUGUGGAGAGAGAGAGAGAGAGAGAGAGAGAGAGAGAGAGAGAGAGAGAGAGAGAGAGAGCGAGCGCGAGAGCACGAGCGCACGAGGGAGCACUGACUCCAAAGCAAUAACAACACCCUGAGGUGGUCAGCAAGGCCCCUCAGAGACUUUCUUGUUUGUUCUGUGAAAUCACACUCACCUCCUGGAGGGGUAGAGUGGGGGGGCUGGAGCCCCAUUUCUUUGUACCAUUGUAAGCGUGUGCCCGAGGGGCUGUGACCACUGGGUGUGGGACCCAUUUCUGUCCUCACCAAAGGACUGGACGGGGCUUGGGGACGGGGAGUGAUUUUUUUCAUCCUUAGCCUCGGGGACCAACAAGCCCAGCCUGUUCCCACUGCUGUCUGACCCUCUGUCAACUCAAACUCUACCAUCUGGAGGGGAGUCGAGAGGGUGGAGUGGGGGGAGCCUUUCUGGUGCUGUGUCUCUAAGGGUGUUUCUUUCUUCCCUCUGGACAAAGGUCAUGUGUAGGAUUGUCGUGUAAAGAGCCAUCUCCAUUUUCCUUACCCAGAAUGCCUCUGCAUUCUGAAGGGACAGGCCUGUGGCUCUCUAGUCCAUUUGCAUUAAAAAAAAAAAACAAAAGGAUACCAAGGCCCUGCCUGAGGAGAGCCAUCGUGGGGUCACUGGAAGGUCCAGUGGCAUUUCCACCCAGGUCUCCCCUUCAUGUCUCAUGCUGAGCUGGUGCCAGGGAAGGCUGAAGGAGGACAGCAUUUCUCAUCCUUUCUAUUGCUUCUCUUUGGAGCCUCCUAGUGGCUCCCAGCUGUGGCAGGACAAACGGUAGCCCAUCUGAGAGGUUAGGAAACUCAGGCCAUAGCAAGCAGGAAGGGCCCUCAGCAAUAUGCACUGGGGGGACAAAGCUGGGAGACCACCACUCAGGGGUGCCACCAUCAUCAUUUCUGUCCUUUAGGCACAGGUGGCAUUGUCCUGCUUGGCUCUCUUUCCUGGGCUAGUGCCUUUUCUGGGCUUGAGUUGGGAGAAGAGGGCGGCUGGUGGGAGGGGUACCGGGUUGGCCUGGAUGUCCUGGGCUAUCUCCCCAGGGAUCAUGAGCUGAAGGGUUUUAUUCUGGGUCAUUACCUCUUCAGGUCUAGCUGCGAGUGGGUGGGGUGAGAAAAAAAAAAAAACAAGUUCCCUUCUGGGUUCAUAGAGCGGGGGCUCAAGGAAGUCCUCUCUAACCUUCAGAAGCACCUCAUCCCAUAACACCUCCCACGGCGCGUCCCCCGUGAUUUCACUCUGACCCCCAUCAGAGCCCCGAAUAGCCAGGGAAGGGAUGCUUGCAAUUGUCAGCCUUGUUUUCAGGAGGGAGCGAAGGUCCUGAAAGAGAAAGGUGCUUGCUCACGUUAUGGCUUUGACAGAGCUAGCUCGCUCUCCAGUGGUCCAUAGCACAGGCAUGCAAGCAUGUAACAGAGGCAGUUAAGCAGUUCACCUCCAGGUUCCUUCAGGCAGGAGCUUCUUGAGUACUUUGGGGUUCACGAACAGCACAGGGGCUCCCACAUUCUCCCAAGGCAGAGCUGUUGCACCAGGCAAGGUCACCUGCAUUUAUUUAUUGAGCAGCAGCACUACACUAGGCCCAGAGCCUUAGACCCCUUUCCCGUCCCCUGCAAUGGUUCUCUUGGCCUUCCAAGAGGGCCUGUGUCUGCAGAACAGGACCUUGGUGGAUAGAGAGUUUCUAUAGGCUUACCUAGCAAGCCCCAAGGGUUUUUUGUUUCAUCAAGAGAUCCUGUGUGGGCUGGGCCGGAGGCUGGAAGUAGACGUAGGUGUUACUUCUGAGUCCUUUGUGCCGUCCUGUAAGGUGACAGGAAGGUGGGACCCCAGAAUCCUGGGGCUGGGAGCCUCCCUUCAUCUACCCACCUUUCCCUGUUUCCUCUUGGGGGGCAGGAACAGCCUGGUCCUCCAGGGAGGGAGGGAUUUGGGGGCGUCUGAGUUGGAGCGGGUCACAUGGCAUUGUAUUCAUGACUAUAUAGCUCAUGUUGGAAAUUAAAGUUUUUGGCUUUUCUA